ACUCCUCCCUGCCUACACCGAGUCUUACUUUUUUUAUUUAAAGACCUCAAAGAGCGUCUAUUCACCUCCCUCGGAAACUUCUGGUUUUUAUAUCUGACACGGCCACGGGAGAGAUGUCGGAGCAAAAGAGCGUUUCUGAAGUUAUUACUCAGAUAUUACAAGAAGCGCCAGCCGCCAGGAAGCAGCUGGUCGAUAACCACAGCAACCUCCUCCAAGUGGCAGAUUACUGCGAGAACAAUUACCUCCAGACAGAGGAUCCAAACAAGGCUGUUGAGGAGACCAAGGCUCUGGCGAUCCAGGCUUUAGCCAGUGUGACCUACCAGAUCAACGGCGUGGCCAGCACCCUCCUGAAGCUGCUGGACACACAGGCCAUGCAGGUCAAAGACAUGGAGUCCUCCGUCAGCCUGAUGUCCCUGGCUGCAGCCAUCCACUUUGAGAAGGUGGCUAGGAGGGAGAUUGGUACCUUUACCGUCCCCAAGGACAAGACUCGUUCCAAGCCGAUGACCCCACCGGCAUUGGGCAUGGAACCAGAGAAAGACUACACGAGAAUACCAAUAUCGUAUUCCAUCUUGGACUCCAUCGGCCACGGCUAUCUGGUUACGGGGGGACCCCCCAGAAAGAGGGCAGAGACUGUAAACAGCACACAGAUCAGUGACAAGGCCGUAGUAUCCAGUCUUGGCAUCGCCGUACCUCCGCCCUCGGUUCCCACCUUGCCCACCGGAUCUACAAACAGCAGCCUGCCCCCCCCUCCCCCUGCUUCUGCCAACAUGGACCCCAGUCUACCUCCACCCCCUUCUGUCAUUGACAAUGGUCUCCCCCCUCCACCCUCUUUUCCCUCACCCUCAGAUCUGCCUCCACCUCCUCCACCAAAUAUCAACCUGUCAAACAACCCCUACUCACCUCCGCCUCCCCCUCCUCCUCUUGCAUCGGGAGCCGCACCGCCUCCACCUCCUCCUCCACCUCCUCCUCCACCUCCACCAGCUUCAGCACAUAACUCCACUUACACUACAAGGCUGGUAGUUGAAGGUGUGAAAAUAAAACCACAAUGGUCUAUUAUUAUUUCAUUGUUGAGUAAGCUUUGCAUAUUGUGUUUGUGUGUCUCUCUGUGGAUGUUUUGUUGCCACCUUGCAAAAAAACGCAGAGAAGCAGAGGGCAGGCUGCACACCCCCAGCCCCUCUCCACCUUUAUACAUCAUCCCCAUAUAUGAGGAGGAGCUGGAGGAUGUGGAAAACAUGCAAGGAGCAAAUGAACCUUCUUACAGGGGGCCACCUGUGUACUGCUCAAGAUACUCCAGUCCACCUCCUCCAUAUAUGUUGGAAGCACCAUCCUAUCGCGAUCCACCCCCAUCAUACACGGACCCUCCAGCUUACUCAGAGCAACCUUGAUCUUGGUCUGCCUUUUCCACUCCACCUCUUUCCUGCCCUGGCAUGACGCAGGCCCUACAACGUAGUUACACAAUCAAAUAUGAGUAGAUUGGAUUUUGAGCCCAUCAAAUUAGAUCGCAGAUGCAGCACGUGCUUCACUCUGAAUGACCUGAAAGAGGUCGAGAUUUUAGAUUAUGCAGAUAUAAAGGGAGCUAUUGUCUCAAGGUAACAUUUUGGCAUAAAACACAAACAUUUUUGAUGGAUGUAUGCUUUGUGUGUAUUAGAUGUGUGGUAUAUAGGUAAAGACAAAUGAUGUUGAGGCUGAACUAUGCAGAAGGGCGUGAUGAUGGGGUUUGAUUUACAACCAUAAACAGUUUAGGACUAACUUCUUUUGUUGUGUACUUUUGUGUACUAAAUGUUUUGUGACCUAUAUAGCAUCAUGAUUUGUGUAGCCACUUAAUAAAGUUUUUGUAUGUUUCCACUGUGGAAGUCAUAUUUGAAUUAACUAAAAAAUUUUCUAUGCAUCUUUAUUUAUCCAAUUAAAAUAAAAAGGGAAAUACAUUUUAGAUUUAUUUCAAAACAAAAAAUGUUUAAUUUUAAAACAAAAUUCAUAUUUUUUCCUUUCUGCAGAUACGUGGCUAAUUGUACAAAGAGAUUAUAAAACGCCUGGUUCUGUUUACACCCAUCACUAAAACAAUCAAUAAUUACAUUAACAACAAACAGUGACUGAAUCUUGAAAAGGUCUGGCAUGAUUUCCUAAACAAC